CUGCUGUGCUGCGCUGGCUAAGAGAACAUAAGUUGAGUGAGAUCAUUUAUUGAAAUCUCAGUUAAACCAAAUAAUUACAUAUUUUUAUAACUUAUUUCACAUCCUGCAGGCGGUAGUUCAAGUGAUUAUUCAUGUCAGUUAUUUACUUGAGAAAUUAAAUUAGUUCGCCAUAAAAUACCUAAUUUUCAACUACAAAUAGAUUUCUCAUUACUGAAGUUUUCAAAUAAAAAGUUGAGCGUUCAAGUAAAAAGUUCCAUGUAAGUAUCGAAGUAUACCGUGUACAUAUGUAAAUUUGUACAUGCAUACGUAAUUACACUGAGGCAUAAAUUUAGAGUUGGAAUUCUAAAUCCCCCAGUUUGAAAACAAGAAAAGGAAGAAAGAUUUGGGUUCCUUAAGGCGAGAAGAGUUACUCGAAAAAACUUUUUAUGAUGAACUCAAUCCGUGCUUCAUUACGAACGAUUCCAAUUUUCCAUGAGGUUCCACGAAGACGAGUCUCAUAUUCUAUUACCAACAAAACCAAGAGUGGACCAUUUUGCAGUAAUAAAUCACUUUGCACCUCGUGGAGUCGAGAACUCUCAUCAACAAACAUCCCAUCUCCUGAAGAGCAAUACGAGGAGCAAAGGAAACGAAAUACGGAAUACGGCGUACUCACGGAAUUGGUUCGUGAUUUCCUUACGCCCUCCGCAUUUUAUAAUGCUAUCCGAGAAAUUGGCAUUGACCAUUUCACUGGUGUCCCCGACAGUCUUUUGAAAGAUUUUUGCGCUUAUGUCAAUGACCAAGUUCCAGCGACGCAUCAUGUUAUUGCAGCAAAUGAAGGAGCUGCUCUUUCCAUUGCGACUGGCUAUCAUUUGGCGACAGGGAAAGCAUCCUUGGUUUACAUGCAGAAUUCAGGACUUGGAAAUGCAAUAAACCCGUUGGUGAGCCUGUGUGCCAGGGAUGUCUACUCGAUCCCGAUUUUGAUGUUGAUCGGAUGGCGUGGAGAACCUGGAAAACGGGACGAGCCUCAGCAUCGAGUUCAGGGACAAGUGACGCCGGGAAUUUUAGCCGCUCUGAGCAUUCCGUUCCAACCUCUUCCGGAUUACAUCGAGGGUGCCCAACAGGCACUUUAUACUGCCAAGAAGCACAUGGAGAGAACCCAAACUCCGUACGCCCUGCUCGUGAAGAGGCAAACUUUCACUCCGUACAAAAUGCAGAGAAAGACCAUUCUCGAUGAGACAGAUCGGUGCAGGAUGGGUCGAGAGGAUGCCGUGCAGGCCUUUUUGGAAGCGAUCCAUGAUCGAGACAUUGUUAUUUCUUCGACUGGAAUGGCAUCCAGGGAACUGUUCGAGCUUCGUAAACUUCGAGAAGAAGGACACGAGAAGGAUUUUCUAAAUGUGGGCUCAAUGGGUCAUGCCUCAUCAAUUGCGCUCGGGAUCGCGUUGCAGAAAAUAAAUCGUCGCGUUUUCAUUCUGGAUGGCGAUGGCGCUCUAAUAAUGCAUUGCGGAAGUUUAGCCACGAUUGCACAAAUGGCCCCACCAAAUCUUCAUCACAUUGUGCUGAACAAUGGGGCGCACGAUUCCGUUGGUGGUCAGCCCACAGCAGCGAGUAAUGAAAACUUCUCGAUACCGGGCAUCGCCAAAGCCGUCGGUUACAAGCAAACCCAAGUUGCAACCACGAAGGAGGAAAUUAUUAGAGCAAUCUCCAGUAUUCCUCUGUCCAAUGAUCAAGGGCCGACUCUAAUUGAAGUGAAAGUCGCUCGGGGGUCGAGAAAAGAUUUGGGAAGGCCGACACGGACUCCUGUACAAAAUAAGAUUGACUUCAUGCAUUUCCUAGCCAUAAAUUCUUGAAAGACAGGUAAAACGAUCCCUGGUUAAAUCAGUCAACUGCAUAGAUACCAAGGAAGACUAUGAAGUUGUUUGAAUAGAAUAACGAAAUUUGAAUUUCACAAGAAACCCUAUUGUUAAAAAAUCAUCUUUAUUGGAGUGAAAACAUUUCAUCACAUUA